GGUGGGAGGUGGCAAUGUGGGGGAGGCGGCCGCGGACCCAGAUAAGAGAGGAAAGGGAGGAAGGCCGACUUCAGGUUUGUGUAUCCGACUGGGUGAGCUUGAGUCCUGGACGGUCGUGGAGGAGUCCGCUGUUGUUAUAUUCUCAUCAUGGCUGCUGUUCAAACAGAGGUUUCACUGUGCUCACAACCAUGGCAGAAUCCUUUGUACAUCUACGGGGGGUUGGCGUGCAACUCACUGAUGGCUGACUUCUGGUCGGACAGAACUCCCCUCCAUGAAGCCGCCUACCAAGGCAGACUGCUACACCUGAGAGGCCUCGUCGCACAGGGCUUCCAUGUAGACACACUCACCAUGGACAGAGUCUCUCCUCUGCACGAAGCUUGCCUCGGUGGACAUUACGCCUGUGCAAAGUUCCUGCUGGACAAUGGAGCAAAUGUGGAGGCCGUAUCAACAGAUGGUGCCACCCCUCUUUUUAACUCCUGCAGCAGCGGGAGUGCCGCUUGUGUCAGGCUCAUCCUUCAGCAGAGUGCCUCCAUCCACACGCCCUGCCAGCUGGCGUCACCCAUCCACGAAGCCGCAAAGAAAGGUCACAGGGAUUGUCUUGAACUGCUGCUGUCAUACGGGGCUCACAUUGACGUGGAGCUGCCAGUGAUGGGGACGCCGCUGUACUCUGCAUGCAAGGCCCAGGCUGCAAACUGUGUGAGGCUUCUGCUACACUCAGGAGCGGACGUCCAGCUCGGCUGCGGGCAGGACAGUCCUCUACAUGCUGCAGUUCGAGGCGGAGGAGCCGACGUCGUGGAUCUCCUGCUGGACUUUGGAGCUGAUUGUUGUUGUAGGAACGCAGACGGGAAGACUCCUCUGGAUCUGUCAUCACCAAACAGCGCAGUGAGGGUUGCACUGCAGAAAAGAGGUCCCUGCUCUCUGUCUCAGCUCUGUCGGUUCUGUAUUCGUCGAAGUCUGGGAAGGAGUCGUCUGCACAGAGCCUCCAGCCUCUUCCUUCCUCACAGUAUCAAGGACUUCCUGCUUUACCAGUGAGACAUCUGCCCUGUUUUCAUGUCUCUCUCUCUCUCUCUUCACAUUUGUGCCUUUGUGACUAACAAACAUGGCAAGUGAAACAAAGACUUUCAAAUAAUGGGACGGCGUUCGUCAGUUAAUAACAAUGUUGCCGUUUAAUAUUAAAUCACAUAUUACUCAAAUUAAAUAUUUUGGAUACAAGUGUGGGGAGUUGCAGAGAUGCAGUGAUUGUCUUAGAUCAGGGUUUGUAUUUUUAUAUUUUUAACAUUCAACAAAAAGUGAUACUCCACAAUUUUUAUACAUCGAGGUCCGCUUACACACCUUAAAGAGUCCUACCGUCUUUUGUGGCUCCAGAGGGAGCUGGAAAUCUGACAAAUCGCCUCGAGUGAUGUCAUUUGAGUCUGCAUCGGUCGAUGACUUCACCUUCAAAACGGAAAGAAAACUGAGGUUUUGAGUUCUGAUCCAGGUCUGCUCCUCAUCUCUGCUUGAGUGUAGCGGCUCAAGGCUGGAUAAACCACACCUGAAUCUGUUGGCGGCCUAGGUGAAUUCUGGGUAAUGUAGGCAAGAAAGAAGAGGUUGUGAUUCUGCUGCAUUGAUACAUUUAAAAAAAGAAAACUGGUGUUCUGGAUGUGUGAUGCUAAAUUCAUGGUGUACUUGUUCAAGAUCAUUUCGAUGUGUUCAUGCAGGAUCUCACUAAAUAGCUAUAAAGUGUAAAUAAUGUUUUUUUAUCUACAUGUGAGAAAGACGGCAGCGCUGUGACGACUGUGUAUC